AUGGAUUUUGAGGCAGAGUGGUCCGUGUCAAGACCGCGUCGCGGAGAAGAGAAAAGAUCUCAGAACGGAAUUUGUGAAGCCCUCCGCUUUGUGCCCUUUAUUGCUAGAUUUGGCCGUUUCAACUUUAUUCUUGGUUAUCCGAGGAUCAAUGUGACUAACUUCUCUGUCUUUCCUCUGGAAAAAGAGUAUAUUUCUGGUAGUCGACUCUUGGAUUUCAUCAAACGCAAUGCUUUAACUGAUAUGAUGAUUGAAAUUUUGAGCUCGUGUGGUGGUUUAAUUUUAUGUUGUUGUCAUAAACCACAGAUCAGAGAGUACUACGUCUGUACUACGCAAUUCACCAUUGUUCCAAGUCUAGAUAUGAGUGAUACAGAAUCACCUCACUAUAGAAUUCUUAAGGUUGGCUUGCAUUAUAAUGAGAUGUACUCUUCAGAGACAAACUCCUGACGUGAUCCGUUUCCAAUGUCAAUCGAAACCACGGGAGUUUUCUUCAAUGGAGCAAUCUUUUGGGCGUUUAAUAGCUGGUGUUAUUUCAAUAUGGAUACAGAGACUCUGCGCUACUUAGACAAUCCAAUGCAAGAAAUGAUCAAUACUACUUAUCCAUAUACAGAUUAUUGGCUUGGAUGUGUCAACGAGCGUUUGUAUUUUGUUGGCCCUGCAGACAACGGAUGGAUCCCUCAUGUCAGCGUGUUUGAAUUGGGAAACGACUACUUGUGGAGCCUAAAGUAUAGGAAUGAUCCAUUGGAAACUUGGAGUAGUUUUCUUUCGGUUAUGGCAAGAGAAGAUGAACUAUUUAUGGCAAUAUACAUGCAUGAUCGUGACCCAAGUGAUCAUGUUAAUCAAGCUAAUUAG